UCUCUAAGCAAUUUGGUCCUCUUCCUCGGUCCUCCGAGUGGCCCGGUUCGCAGCCUACGGAAAGUGGUAGCUCCGGUGCAGCCUAGAAGACGAUCUAGCCCCCCCACCCUCCUGCUGCCCCCAGAUCGGGUUCGCCUAGUGGGUUGCGAUGUGGACCGGCUGUUGGUGAAGGUGUCCGUUUGGCUCCGACAUCCCAGGCGUUCUGCUGCCGGUGCUCGGAAGCUCUUUUCCUCGGUCUCCGAGAACUCAAGGGCACAAGAGUCAAUGACUUUCAACCAGAAAGAACCGAGAGUUUAUUGGAGCCAAGAUUUAACGCGAACAUUAGCUCGGAUUCCGCCGAGUCCGACGAGGGAGCUCUUAUUUCCCUUUCGUGCUAGGAUAACAGAGGCGAAGUGACCGGAGAAAGGAGAAUCGGAAACCUCAUUUCAACCCUCGCGCUUCACAGACCGGGAAAUAGCGCUAAGCAAGGGUUACAGCGAAGUUUCAGUUUAACUUUGGCUGAUCCAGAACGUCAGCUUGAUCUUUUCAGCAUCAGGCAGGUGGCUGGAGGGUAUUCGAAAAUGGUAUUACAAUGCUGCAGGAUUCAAUAAACUGGGGUUAAUGCGAGAUGAUACAAUAUAUGAAGAUGAUGAUGUAAAAGAAGCCAUAAAAAGACUUCCUGAAAAACUUUAUAAUGACAGGAUGUUUCGCAUUAAGAGAGCUCUGGACCUGACCGUCAGGCACCAGAUCUUGCCUAAAGAGCAGUGGACAAAAUACGAGGAGGAUAAAUUCUACCUUGAACCAUACCUGAAGGAGGUUAUUCGGGAAAGAAGAGAGAGAGAAGAAUGGGCAAAGAAAUAAUCAUGUGGUCAAAAUGUGGCUGCAGCUGCCCGCAGAGGAUUUUUAUGAAGUUCGUUAAACCUGAAAUGUACAAUUUAGAACUUAAUCUGAGUUGCAUAUGUAUUACUUUAAAUAAAUAUCUAUCAUAUUG